AUGAGGCCAAGAUUUAAAGAAUUCACCUUUGCACAGAGUGUAAGCAAUACCGCUGGACGACAAAUGCUGACACGACUACGGAGCUUAGCACGCGCUGCCUCUAAGUUCCGUUUCUACAGUUCCCCACCAACCUAUUUUGGCACAGCGGGAUUGCCUACUCAGAUACAUCGCCCAGUUCCACAUCUAGUGCCCACACCUAAACUACCAGUGCGCAAACCCCUAUUGGAACUGGCUACUGUUUUUUCGGUACUUGCGCUGUCUUUUUUUGCCAUUGACAACUACAGAGCUCGGUUGCGGCUGGAAUUGAAAGUCGAAGAAGAUGCAUUGAAGUUCAAACAGGCCCAGGACCUGUUGGCCAAGCAAGCAAAUGCACACCGUAAGAAGAGGGAAUUGCAAAUUUUGAACGAGCGAAAGCUCAUUCAAACACGCGAAAUGAAAGUGGCGCUUCACGUUGCCAUGCUCCGAAAACAAUUAAUUGAGGCGGGAUUGAAACCUGCGACCAUAGAACAAGCCUUACACGAAUUUGAAAAACACGUAAAGAUGGAAAAUAGCAUCAGUAACGUAAGCGGAACUCGGUUGUGGGUCACAGACGACAGUCCUUCCAAAUGUUAUGUGUCCGACGUUCGUGAGUACGACAACAGGGAAUGA